UGGCUGCAGCACGCAACUUGAAGUUUAAGCUCCUCGCCACUAUACGUUUGUUUCUGUCGUUUCGCCCGGAGAAUUUGCCAUCGACGGACGUGAAUCGUUACGACGGGGAAUACCAUGGAGAAAUCGGAGUCGGACUUGGGCUCGUCGUACGCCGUGAGCGAAAAGGAUGCCGAGUCUGCUAGGGAGAGCGCCGCACAUCGGGAUAUUGCGCCUGGUCAUCACCGCCGCGACGAUGCUUCAGGCUACGACGAGGCCAUCGUUAGAGUCACCAGUACUGAGCUCGACGAUCCGGAAAAACUGGAGGCUUCGGCACACCUGGGACUGGGCGCAUCGAGGACUGUGUCGACGACUAGGACGACAAAGGAUCUUGCGGCAGUGAUUGGUACAUCGUUCGAAGUCAAGUGGAGCGAAGGGGAUCCAGAAAAUCCAAUGAACUGGACACUGGCGAAGAGAGGAUACAUUCUGGUGGUGGUUUCGCUGCAGACAUUGAUUGUCAUCUUCUACUCGACAUCCUACGUAUCCGGCGCGCCAGGAAUGAGGGCGGAAUUUGGGAUCACGUCCGACACAACUAUGAUUCUUGGCAUGACGACAUAUCUUCUCGGCCUUGCGAGCGGGCCGAUGCUUCUGGCACCGCUUUCCGAGCUGUACGGCCGCCGGAUCAUAUAUCUCGUCUCACUGUUCCUCUACUUCCUCUUUGUGAUUCCCAGCUGUGUGGCUACAAAUUUCCACACCAUUUUAAUCGUCCGGUUUUUCGGCGCGGUUGCUGGUUCGGUCACAAUUGCAAAUGCUCCGGGGAGUCUGGGUGAUAUCUUUCCGGAGGAAUACCGGCCCCUCGCCUUCAGCGUGUUUUGUUUAGCACCCAUGAACGGCCCGGUUCUCGGCCCGAUUAUCGGCGGCUUCGUCUACCAAAACCUUGGCUGGCGCUGGAACAACUGGCUUGUCCUAAUCGCUGCCGGUUUGUUUGGCCUGAUGGGGUUCACCCACCCGGAGACGUAUGCACCGGAGCUGCUCCGACGCCGCGCAGCAAAACUCCGCAAGGAGACCGGAGAUGAGCGAUACAUGUCGAGAUUCUGCUUUAAGGACGGCGAGGGCGAUCCCGCACAUCUAAUCAAGCUGAACCUGAAGCGGCCGGUGACCAUGCUCGUCACCGAGCCGAUGUGCAUCUUCUGGGCGCUCUACGUCGGCGCCAUCUACGCCGUUCUGUACAUGUGUUUCACCGCUUACCCCAUAGUCUUCUCGGAGAUCCGCGGGUGGGGUCCCGGCAUCUCGGGCCUAGCCUUCACGGGAAUGGGUCUGGGCACGAUCCUCGCGGUGGUUUCCGAGCCGCUCAGCCGCAAGAUCUACAACAUGCACAGCAUCGACCCGGACACGGGGAAGCGCCCACCGGAGGCGCGGAUCCUCGUCGUGGCCAUCGCCGCAGUCAUCAUCCCCCUCGCCAUGUUCUGGUUCGCGUGGACUUGCGUUCCCGUCAGCAUUCACCCUGUCUGGCCUAUCCUCAGCGGCGUACCUUACGGCCUCGGGAAUACUUACGUCUUCCUGCACUCAAAUAACUAUCUCGUCACGAGCUACGAUGUAUACGCCGCCAGCGCAGUCGCCGGAAAUGCAGUCGUUAGAAGCAUCCUGGGCGGUAUCAUGCCGCUGUUUGCGCCCAUCAUGUAUCGAAAAAUGGGCCCGAAUUGGGCUGCCACCACCGUGGCCUUCAUCGCUGUGGGAUUGAUCCCCAUUCCGUGGGCCUUCUACAAGUGGGGCAAAACCAUCCGGCUAAGAAGUCCGAUACUGCAGAAGCUGCAGAGGGAGAGGGAGGAGAGGGGGGAGUAAGAAGACGCUGCACCAUAUUACUGGAGUUUUUUUUUGGAGGCUAUUUUUUCUGGAUAU